AAGAUGUGAAGGAGGGAGGACGCGUCCGAGCGACUCUCCGUGAAUUUGACACUCAAAUUGUAUAAAAACCACAUAUUGUGAGGAAAUUCGAGUUGAAAGGAGAACAUAAGUGAUUAUAGGCACACUAUGGCUUCGCGGGGCGGCAAAACUCCACAGCAGGGGAUAAAGGCGCACUUUACUCGGCAUAGUAAAACUACCACUACAAACAGUGGGACUAGCUUAGCCUCUCCAGCUAGUAGCUUUGUAGCGGCUAAAGAGGCUAAUGCUGGUAGCAUGACCGCAGCCAGCCUACCCCCAGAAAUGGAGAGCCUACACCGACUCAUGACCGCAUCAAUGGAGAAUAUAAUAGCUCCGCUGAAGAGGACCAUGGAUGAAGUGAAGAUAAUUGUGGAGGAUCAAGGCAAAAGGAUCGUCGACUUGGAAGAAAACGCAACGCAGCUAACUGAACGAGUCACCGCUCUUGAGGCUAUAUGUGAGCAGCUCUUGACCCAGAACGAGUCACUGAACGAACGCAUGGAAGACGCCUCUAACAGGUCUAGACGCUGCAACCUGCGCGUCACGAACGUACUACCGAGUCCUGGGGAAAGGAACGACUGUGUUCAAUUCAUGCAAAACUUUUUUGCCACAGUACUUGGGGACGUGUUCACCGAGCCACCCAUACUAGACAGAGCGCACAGGAUCGGUAAGGAAAAUCCGGGGCCCAACCCGAGGCCUAGAGUGAUGAUUGUCCGCUUCCAUUACUUUCAGGACAAGAUGCGUGCACUACGGGCAGACAGGAGCCUGCUACAAUGGAAGGGACAGAAAAUUAUGCUCUAUCCAGAUUAUGCGCCAGCUACUGUGAAACUUCGUGCCACAUUCACCAAGACCGCUGAUGAAGCACAACGAUUCUAUGACCGGCGUAUAGCCAGACUCCCGGACAUGGAGAGAAACACAACUACCAAACCAGCGAGAAGAGGGCGCGCCACCACCCAGGAGAGAGGCGACACCGGCCGGGAGAGAGAGGAGGAGAACGGCGCUGGACUAGGCAACGAAGAGGAUGGAACGCACGGGAAGAACGGUCCGGGAGGAGAGGACGAGGCGAUGGGAGGCAUCAGCGUGGAAGGAGAAUAUAACGACGAGGUGAACGACGGCGAAGAAGAAGACGGCGGCAGCGGCAGCGAGUCCGGAGACAACAUGGGGGCUCUGGACGAGAAUGACGGUACUGAGUAGCAUUGAUCCGAGAAAUGGGGUAAGAACACCACUACAACUGACACUUAUGUAAAUAGACACAUCCACGGUUGCCUGCCAAGGAAAUGGACACAUUGAAGGGAAUAGACUGAUGGGAAACGGACAGAGAUUUACUUUCUUUUGGACUUUUGCAAGAACUUGGGACUCACGGGGGGGAGGGGGAUGGUCAGGGGAAAUAAGGGAAACGCUGGUAUGGUUUAUUGGUUUAGUCUAUGUUUGAACUCUCAUUCUAUAAGAUAUUAGAUCUGGAAUCAGAUAGAAUACAAACCUUUUUUUUUGUUUUGUUCUGUUUGUGUGUGUGUGUGUGUAUGUGGGUGUGUGUGUGUGUGGGUGUGUGCGUGUGUGUGUAUCCAUUCAUACAUAUGUGUGUGGGUGCGUGCGUGAGUAUCCACAUCAGGACAUGGAUCGUGUGUGGGUGCUUUUGUGGGAAUGUGGGCAAGUUCGCAUGUUUUUGUAUGCAUAUGUAUGUGUGAAUGGGAUUUUACGUGGGUAUCUGAUAAACAUUUAGAAGCACUACAUGUUUGUAAUGAUCCUUUAUGUAUUUUACUGUAAACCUUUUUUAUUUAUAUUUUCCACGGAGGGAGAGAGGAAAGAUGACGGUAUAAGGGAGAAUGUAUAAUAUUUAAGGGACUAAAUUGGUUGAACAUUGGAUAUCAUACAGGCGACAAAACAUUAUGGAACCUGAUCUGUACAGGGUUCAACUUGAAUAUCUUUUCAUACUCUUGUGUACUAAAAGAGGGAUUUGGAAGGCAUUUCCCCUUCGUCUCAGCUCGAUUGUUGUCUCUGCUUUCACCACCUAUUUCCCUCUCUCCCUCUAUAUUUUUCUAUUUGUUUAUAUUUUUUAUUAUUUUCUAUUUUAUUACUCAGUUGUACUGCAUAUAUGUUGAGGAUGAGACCGAUCUAUAUAUACAUCAAUAUUAUGGAUAAGUUGUUGACUUUGUUUUACACUGGACAUGCUAGCGUAGAGGGGCUCCCCUGUCCUCGUUCCCGGUGGGCUUGUCUCCGGGGCGCUGUGGUGGGUGCUGCCGUAGCUGGGUCGACAGCCGGUUUAGUGUUGUGGUGCUGCGGUGGCGCCCGUUGGGGCGCUCGGGAGACAGGUCUAUACGUACCCUGGUGCAAUGGAAGUAGUUUGAUAUGCGAAAUGAAUACUACCACAUUCCUUUUUUCAAGUGAAUAUAUGCAUGGUUGUGGGUGAGUGCGUAUAUGUAUUUACAUGUAUGUGCACAUAUA